GAAAUCAACUAGUGAUGGAUUCUGAAGCAGUGAUUUGCUGCGUGGUCAUAUAUCGGACUGCUGAUUGGUCGAAUUCUGCACGCGUGCGUUUGUAUACACACUGCUCUGCGAAACCGGUCAAACUGGGCUUAAAUAGUAAACGGGUGGUGACAAGGAGACAUAAUGACGACGUCUGUCGAGUUCAUAGUUGGAAGAUGUCUUUCUAUGUGUCCGGAGAAGGAGCGAUGGAUGAGGGAGAGGGAAGGUCUGUUGCAUAAAUAUGAAAUUGACGAAGGAACAAAACACACGAAGAAACCCAAGGCUGAUCCGGCAAAAACUAUUAAAUGCUUCAGUCGUUCUGCUGCUGGACAAGUUAUGACAGAUCCAGACUUGUUGCGUCCACCACGUGUAUUAUUAUCCACGGUCCGAUACUUGUUCACCAAAAUAAUCACAAGAACGGAUUUAGAUUGGGCAUCAAUAUAUGAUUUUGUAUUCGACCGAUUGAGAUCAGUACGACAGGACGCUGUGAUACAAAGAGUUGACGCCACCACAAAUAUUCUCCUUUUGGAGCCAGUUGUUCGAUUUCAUAUAUACGCUGCACAAAGGCUGUGUGAAAGAAACAUUUCGGAAUUUGAUGCAAAGAUAAAUAGCAAACAUUUACUGGAAUGUAUUAAACAACUACUCGUAUUGUAUGAUGAACAAAGUUGUGAAAAUGCAACAGGUAAUACAAAAGUACAUAAAGAUCCUGAAAGACUGACAUUAAAUGAUAAUCGGUCAGAGAUGGAAGCUAUUUAUAUUCUUCUUCAUAUUGGAGAUCGCGAGGCCUUAAGAAGAGCUCUUGCACUUCCACCCAAUUUGAAAAAAUCGUCAGCAGUUCAGUUAGCUACAAAAAUAUCACUUUCUUGGUAUUUAAGAAACUAUGUUUGUGUACAUCGUCUGGUUAAACAGUUACCUCCAAUCCUAGGUUGUGCAUUUUUUUGUAAUUUGCAGAGUUUCAGAAGAAAUGUUCUGCAAAUUAUGAGUUCUGGUUAUAAUAGUAAAGUGUUGAUGUUCCCUGGAUUGAAAAUACAGGAACUUUUAUUCUACAAAGAUGUAAAUAAAGUUGAAGCGGAUUGCAAGUUAUUUGGUUUGACUUUUACUAAUGAAAAUAUCUUAUUUCAAAAAUCACAGUUCAAUGAACAAGUUUUGCUGGCCAAUCCUGAAAUGCAUUAUACUUCUGCUACAUUACACAAGUACAUGCCAAAAAUUCUUUUGGAUUGUACCUCUAAUGAUAAAUAUUAAAUUAAUUUUUUAGUUAUAAUGUACAUUUUUUACAUAAAAUAUAACUCUAUUAGAUUUAAAUAAAUUUAAAUUUUAAGGAUGGUUAUAUGAUUAUAUGGUGUUUAUAGAUACAUACAUUAGAUGGAUACAUUUCUUUAAAUAUAUAAAUGUUUAUGUAUUGUUUUUCUUUUAAUUACAAAUUCAUUAAAUAUUGUUAAAUUACAUUUAAAAAAUUACAUCUAGCAGAAGCAAGAGCUAUGCUUGAGAAAAGUAUUAUACAGGGCUUGAAAACUUAAACUUCCCUACUUUCUGAAAUAAAAAUAAAAGUGCUUUUCAUAA